UGAGGACCAGGAUGAGCUGCAUUACCAGGAUACCGACUCGGAUGUGCCGGAGCAGCGGGAUGGCAGGUGCAAAGUCAAGUGGACGCAAGAAGAGGAUGAGCAGCUGAAGAUGUUAGUAAGACAUUACGGGCAGAAUGACUGGAAGUUCCUGGCCAGUCACUUUCCUAACCGCAGCGAUCAGCAGUGUCAGUACCGGUGGCUGAGAGUGUUGAAUCCAGACUUGGUUAAGGGCCCUUGGACCAAAGAGGAGGACCAAAAGGUAAUUGAACUGGUUAAAAAAUACGGCACCAAACAAUGGACCCUGAUAGCCAAGCACCUGAAAGGGCGUUUAGGGAAGCAGUGCCGGGAACGCUGGCAUAACCACCUGAACCCUGAGGUGAAGAAGUCCUCAUGGACAGAGGAGGAGGAUCGCAUCAUUUUUGAGGCCCACAAGGUCCUGGGGAAUCGUUGGGCGGAGAUUGCCAAGCUGCUGCCUGGGAGGACCGACAAUGCUGUGAAGAAUCACUGGAAUUCCACCAUCAAGCGGAAGGUGGACACGGGAGGCUUCCUCAAUGAAACCAAGGAGUCCAAGUCACUGUACUUGCUCGUGGAGGUGGAUGACAAGGAGAGCCAAAGCCGAAGGAGAGCUGGGAGCCAGACCGUCCUGCAGAACUGGCCAGUCGAUAUCUCUGAAAUAAAGGAAGAGGAUGUCAGUGACGAGGAAGUGACGGGUGUGCAGGAGUUACCCUCGGAGCUACCAGCUGCUGAACUGGCAGAGCAUAACGCUGAGGGGACCCCAGAUGAUGCGGUGCCUGAGGAUGCCUCUUCAUUUGUCACAUCACCGUACAAAUGGGUCGUUGAAGCUGCCAACUAUUUGUACCCAACAUCUGUGCCAGCCUUCAAUGAAGCUCUGGACAUGAUUGAAUCUGACCCAGACGGGUGGUGUGAUCUGACCCAGUUUGACCUGCCUGAGGAACCCUCCGCCGGCAGCAGCAGUAGCAGCAACAGCCCGGUGAGGCAAACCCCCAGCAAGCCAACACCGUCCCUGCCCAAUGUGACCGAGUACCGCCUGGACGGCCACACCAUCUCUGACCUGAGCAAGAGCAGCAAGGGGGAGCUCAUCCCCAUCUCUCCGCACGCAGAGGUGAGCUUUGGCACGCCGCCCUCUGUGCUGAAGAGGCAGAAGAAGAGGAAGAUCUCCCUCUCCCCCGUCACGGAGAAUGCCACCAGCACCAGCCUUUCCUUCCUUGACUCCUGCAACAGCAUGACGCCCAAGAGCACCCCUGUCAAGACACUGCCCUUCUCUCCAUCUCAGUUCUUAAACUUUUGGACCAAACAGGAUACACUAGAACUGGAGAACCCAUCUCUGACCUCCACGCCUGUGUGCAGUCAGAAGGUGAUUGUCACCACCCCUCUGCACAGGGACAAGACCCCUCUGCUCCAGAAGAACUCAGCGUUUGUCACACCAGAUCAGAAGUAUGUGGUGGACAACACUCCUCACACUCCCACACCUUUCAAAAAUGCCCUGGAGAAAUAUGGACCAAUUAGGCCUCUGCCCCAGACUCCUCACCUGGAAGAAGACUUGAAAGAGGUUCUCCGAAGUGAAGCUGGCAUUGAACUUAUCAUAGAGGACGAUGUGAAGCCUGAGAAACAGAAGAGGAAACAAGGGUUGCGCAGGAGUCCCAUUAAGAAGGUCCGGAAGUCUCUGGCCCUGGAUAUUGUGGAUGAAGAUAUGACGCAAAAUAUGCCUGCGCUCCCUAAGACUGUCUGUUUCAAAAGAGCCCAGCCUGUGAAUUUCUUGUCGAGGUCCCUGAACCUUUCCUCCUCGAGCAGAAAGAACGACAGUGGUUUGCUCAACAGAGCCUUCGUGCAAGUGCAGCCAGAGAAAAUGUCCUACAGGAAAAUGCCAAGCCAUUUCAGACCACCAGCACCGAUGACCAGGGCUUGGAAAGCGGUGGCCUGUGGUGGAACCCAAGACCAACUCUUCAUGCAGGAGAAAGCUCGACAGUUUUUGGGCAUGUUGAAACAGUCUCACACAUCAAGGACCUUAAUCUUAUCAUGAAGGAUUGUUCUGCUUUUUUAAUUUUAUUUUUUAAAAUUUUUUUAUAAGUGGAGGGGAGGGGGAACCACAGGAAAAAAUAUCCUCUGCCCAGCCAGUGUGUGUAGGGGUGGUUUUUUUCCUUCUGUUCCCAGGUAGAUCUAUAUUGUAAUAAAUUGGGCUAACUGCUGGCUAA